AUGAAGGAGGUCAGCGGUAAGAAGCCGGCUUCGACGCCGCCGUGCGCAGCGUGCAAGCUUCUGCGGCGGCGCUGUGCUUAUGACUGCAUCUUCGCGCCAUACUUCCCCGCUGAGGAGCCGCAAAAGUUCGCCAACGUCCACAAGGUCUUCGGCGCUAGCAACGUCAGCAAGAUGCUGCAGGUACCUCUGCUUCCUCUUCCUCUCUCUAUCUCUAUCUCUAUCUGUUUAUCUAUUUCUACCUAUCUCUCUGCAUAUCUUACGCUCUCCCUCUCUAUUUCUCCUUCUUUAUCUAUCUGUCUUUCUAUCUGCAUAUCCUACGCUCUUCCUCUCUUCUCUCUCUCUCUCUCUCUCUCUCUCUCUCUCUCUCUCGCUCUCUCGCUCUCUAUCUAUCUAUCUAUCUAUCUGCAUAUUACGACUCUCCCCAUCCCACUCUCUUCCUCCCUAAGCAAACAGAAAGCGCCCAUUAGGUGCCGGGGUCUGCCAUGUCGAAACAGGAAGAAGAUCUGUCACCAGACGAAGACGAUGGUUCAGUGCUAAACGAAAACAAGCUCUCUCUUGCCAAAACCGUACAAGGCAUCUAUGCAAAGGAGAAAGAGAGAGAGAGGAGAGAUGGUAGAGAGAGAGAGAGAGAGAGAGAGAGAGAGAGAGAGAGAGAGAGAGACAGACAGACAGAGAGAAGUGGUAAUUCUUUCACAGAAGCGGUGCAACUUUACCCGGAAUGUGCGGAUGCUCUUCGUGAACUCCAUCCCAAACCCCCCGUAGUCGCUUUCCGACCAGAAUUUUGUUCUCAGAAAACCCCAUCGAUUGAGAAAAACUCCGAAUAAGAAACUGGUUAGUUCCCAGAUUGAUCUUGAUUGAGCAAAACACAGGAGCUUGCGGAGCACCACCGGAGCGACGCCGUGAGCAGCAUGGUGUACGAAGCGAACGCGAGGCUCCGAGACCCCGUUUAUGGCUGCGUCGCCGCCAUCUCCACUCUGCAACAUCAGGUGGAGGUGCUCCAGGCACAGCUCGCCAUUGCACAGGCGGAGAUGGUCCGGUUACGCCUCUGGCACAAGAUCUUCCUCGCCGCCACCGGAGAAACAGUCGGAAGCACCAGCGGCGGCGGCGGCGGAGGCGUCGGCGCCACCACCUCGCCGGGUUCGAAGCCCAUCUUCUCCGGCGACGCGGUGAUGGACCAGGCUCUCGCCAUGGACGAGCCCCUCUGGGCACACGAUAGCUAG